CUUUUUGUGAACGGUUGCACCCCACAACUGGCACACUAGAAAUAUCUCUCCCCCUAUCAUGAGUACAUUUAUCUCCCUGUUCUAUUUUUUCCCCUCGUUUGCAUGAACUCUUUCUUACCUUUUAAUGAACUUCUAGGCCUUCUCUUCUCAGGAGUGGUGGGACCUCACAGUUACUCUGUACAACGGCCAGGAUGGAAAGGAACAUGCCACAGUUCUCCUUGGGGAGGCUGAAGGGAGUUUAAAGGUUUGUUGCCGCUUCUGACAGAAACGUUCCAGUUCCAUCACCAACCCUUAACUUCCACCCCGACCCACUGGAGACCACUUAGACACCUGAGCUGAGGCGACAGCUGCAUUCAGAAAACCAUGCAUCAUGUCAGCAGAAGCCAACUGCAGACUUUAAACUCUGUUCAGCAUGUGGACUCGGCGGAGAAAUGAACUGUCCAGGCAAGCCAGGGCAACUCAUAAACUGGUUCCUCUGUUCCCUGUGCGUCCAGCGAGUGAGGAAACUCUGGAGCAGCCGGCGCCCCAGGACUCGGAGGAAUCUCCUUCUGGGCAUGGCCUGCGCCAUCUACCUGGGCUUCCUGGUGAGCCAGGUGGGGCGCAACUCUGUCCAGCACGGAGGGCUGGCUGGCAAGGGGCCGCACCGGAGCAGAGACGUUGCCAAGGGUCCUUUCCCUGAGAUCCCCUUGGAUGGAACGCUGGGCCCUCCUGAGUCCCAAGGCAAUGGGACCACGCUGCAGCCCAAUGUGGUGUACAUCACCCUGCGCUCCAAGCGCAGUAAGCCCGCCAACAUCCGUGGCACCGUAAAACCCAAGCGCAGGAAGAAGUAUAUGAUGGCUUCUCUGGCCUCGGGGCCAGAGGCUUUGGUCGGAGCAUCCUUUCAGCCUCAGGCAGCUGCAAGGGCAGCUGAUGCUGAAGCGCCUGGACACGUCAGGGCAGGAAACCUGGCCAAGGUUAGGGAGCGGCCUUGGAGGUGGAUCCAGGGUCAGAGAGGGCGAGGUGGGGGCGCAGAUUUGCAGCUGCCCCAGGCGGGGGAGAGCAACAUCAGGAUCUACAGCGAAAGCGCCCCGUCGUGGUUGAGCAGAGAAGACAUUGGCAGGAUGCGCCAGCUUGCGGACAGCGCGGUGGCUGACCUCCAGCCGGCCUGGUCCAGGAGCGGAGCACGCCUGCUGGUGCUGGAAGGUAUUGCCCGGCCCUCGGUGCCCGCCUGCGGCCCCAGCCCCUGUGGGCUGCUUAAGCAACCUCUGGACAUGAGCGAGGUGUUCGCUUUUCACCUGGACAGGAUCCUGGGGCUCAAUAGGACCCUGCCUUCUGUAAGCAGGAAAUCAGAGUUCAUCCAAGAUGGCCGCCCACGACCUGUCAUUCUUUGGGACUCAUCUUUAUCUCCGACAAGUAACGAGACCCACUCUUCUGUUAAGCUCACCUGGGGAACUUAUCAGCAGCUGCUGAAACAGAAGUGCUGGCAGAAUGGCCGAGUACCCAAACCAGAAUGGGGCUGUACUGAGAUACAUCACCACGAGUGGUCCAAGAUGGCCCUCUUUGAUUUUUUGUUGCAGAUUUAUAAUCGCUUAGAUACAAAUUGCUGUGGAUUCCGACCUCGGAAGGAAGAUGCCUGUGUACAGAGUGGACAGAAGCCAAAAUGUGACAACCAGGAUUCUGUGGCUUUAGCACAUAUUGUCCAGCGAAAGCAGGACCCGAGGCACCUGGUCUUUAUAGACAACAAAGGUUUCUUUGACAGAAGUGAAGAUAACUUAAACUUCAAACUCUUAGAAGGCAUCAAAGAGUUUCCUGAAUCUGCAGUUUCUGUUCUGAAGAGCCAGCAUUUACGGCAGAAGCUCCUUCAGUCUCUAUUUCUUGAUAAAGUUUACUGGGAGAGUCAGGGAGGUAGACAAGGAAUUGAAAAGCUUAUUGAUGUGGUUGAACAGAGAGCCAAAAUCCUCCUCACCUACAUCAAUGCCCAUGGGGCCAAAGUGUUACCCAUGAAUGAAUGACCAGAGUGUUCUUCUGGCUGGAGUACUGUUUAUACAUAUGUCUUUUUUGUUUCUGUUUUUUGAAUCAAGUACACAAACCUCAACUCCUUUUAGGAGUGGGACAGGGGAGAUAAAACCUAUGAAUUCAAAUAAAGUAAAUGAAUUUAAUCAAGCAUAAAGCCUUUAAAAAUAUACUGUCAAACAUUGUUUACAUUUCUUAUAACAUCCUGAUACCUGAAUCUCAACAUCUGAGCACAGAAUGGUUGCAGUUAGGAUCCUGGCUAGCUGUGUUAAAAAACUUGUUGGUUAAUAGGACAGUGUGAAACAGAGGUGGUGACUCCUCUCAUAAACCAGAUUUGAUGCCAUUUUGACUGGUCUGACCAAAUACCAAGGGAAUGGUUUUGGACAUUGUUCUGUUGCUGAUAGAACAAAGCAGUCCCAACAUGGCCCAGAGGCAACUCUACAUGGGAAAACUGAAGCAUAUGAUCUGCAGAAACCUUAGAGCAUACAGUAAUUCCAAGGAGAAAAGGUGGUUUAUUUGUAAACCCCUGUGUAUAUUCUAUUGUAUCCAUAAAUGAUCAGCCAGCUCUGUGAUCCUCAGCCCAAGAAUCAUACUUUCCAUUCCUUUUUUGAAAUAUAUUUUGUUGUCAGUCUAGAAACCAGCCACAUUUGACAAUUUAUGCGUUAGGUAGUUUUGCUUUUUCAGUUUUGGUCCAAUUUAUGUUUAAUGAGUGGCUUGGAAAUUAAACUAUUUUAAGGUAUAAAGCUACAUUUGUGAAACUGUACUUAGUGUCUUUAAGUGGAUGCUCUUUUUACGUAUUUUGUUCUUGUUCCCAAGGAUAUACUAUAAUUUCUCUAUAUUUCAUGAAUAAUAGUGGAUUUCCUCAAGUUGUUCUGUAUAAUUACAUUUAAACUGAAUUUAUCAAUAAUGUUCUGAUAUUGACUAUAGGACUAUACAUUGAGGGUGUUUAAAUAUAUUGUUUGGCUUAUUCUAAUAGGAAAAAUGAGAACAAAAUGAGUUCAAAUGCAACUCUGAUGAAUUACAGAUAUAAUUACAUGUCAAUGUAAAAUAACUAGAACUAGAACAGUAAAUUGGAGGAUGUUAGGCCUCAAAUAAUUCUCUCUGAACUCUACCAACUUUAUUGUGGUGGAAGGGCGUGGGCACAAUCUUCAUGUCCUUGGAGAUGCCCACAUCAUGGCGUGUGGCAGGUAUUCAAAGGCUUCAAAUCUUGAACAAGUUAUUAUUACCCUCCUACCCCCAUGCCGCAUCCCUUAUCAAGAAGCUCCUCUACUGACUUCUUUCCCUGAAAGCUUAAAAGUACAAUUUACAAUUGGUUAUCAUGCAUUCCACCCUGUUUUCUCAGUUCUGCAUGCUCUUCCUAAAGGGCAUCCUAUUUUCUGUGUUCUAAUUAAGGGUCAUUCAGUAUCACUGUAAGUUAGAACUGCUAAAGACAUCUUGAUAAAGGGUAGGUUUUUUUAAAAAAGAAUGGGAACUUAUGAUGGAGCCUAAUAAUGUGAGAAAAAAAGAAUGUAUACAUGUAUGUGUAACUGGGUCACCAUGCUGUACAGUAGAAAAAAAAUAAUGUAUUGGGGAAAUAAAAAUUUUAAAAAAGAACAUCACUGUAGAUGUUAAUUUAUACACAUGUUUGUGGGGGCAAAAUAAGACAAAUAGGAGAUCACUUAUAGGUAGAAUCUAAAAAAGGGCACAAGUGAACCUAUCUACAAAACAGAAACAGACUCACAGACGUAAAAAACUGACUUGUGGUUGCCAAGGGGGAGUGGGAAGGGACUGGAAUGAACAGGGAGUUUGAGGUUGUAGAUGCAGACUAUUACCACUGAGAAUGGAUAAGCAAUGAGGUCCUGCUGUACAGCACAGGGAACUAUAUCCAGUCUCUUGGGACAGACCACGUUGGAAGAUAAUGUAAGAAAAGGAAUGCAUGUACAUAUAUGAAGGGUCACUAUGCUGUGCAACAGAAAUUGGUACAGUAUUGUAAAUCAACUCUAUGUGAAAAAAAAAGAAAAGAAAAAAAAUAACAUACUGAGUACAAGAGAAUGUAGACCAAGGGAAAAAGGGUCAUUUGAUUAUAUUGUUAUAACUUUGCUAGGCUUGAAUUUAAGCCCUACUUUUUAGCACCCUCCUUUGCUGGAUGGCACUUGCUAAGCUGGUCUUCAGAACAUAUUCUCUUCAGUAGUCCCUCUUUGGCCCAGAGUGCCUCCUGGUCCUAUACAUUCACGGUACUCUUGGGCCCACCUGAGUCUCCACCUCUACCUGCUGUAUUGGGGCUUAUUUAAGAUCCCUUUAUGUCUCAAUAAUCAGCAUAUUAAUGAAAGAUUGGUCUAACAGAAGUUUGGAGACUCAGGCUCUAAAGUAACUCUUGGUCAAGUUCAUAUGUGGCAAGUGGAAACAAAUCUGACUAGUAUCCAUAAGGAUGCGGGUUUGAUCCUGGGCCUUGCUCAGUGGGUUGGGGACCUGGUGUUCUGUGAGCUGUGGGUAGGCUUGCAGCUGCAGCUCCAAUUAAACCCCUAGCCUGGGAACUUCCAUAUGCCUCGGAUGUGGCCCUAAAAAAAAAAAGCAAAAAACAAAACAAAACUGAAAAACUCUUGGUCAAGUUGUCUUAUUCUUUGUCUUAUCAAGGUGGCCUAUUUGCAUUUUAAUAUGCUUGUAAUAGAUACACCAUCUUAUCCAAAUCUGUGAUAUUAGUGUUGAGAAUUCUGGGUUCCUCAGAGGUGACUUUGAUUUUGUGUCUCAGGCUACACUGCUUCUGGGGUGCGUGGUCCUCCCACUUUUGAGUCUGGUUGUUUCUUUGCACCAAGUUAUUCUGAAAUGCUGAAUAUGAAUGGAAAGUCCAGGAACACAAUGCCUAUUUUAGUCACCUUUGUUUUUUAAUGAUGCAUUUUGUUUUGGAAUCAGUGAAUAAUUUAUGCUAUUACUAUUUUUGAGUAAUGGAAGGCUGAAGGCCAGCCUUUUUAUUCUAAUAAGGAAUGCUCCUCUCUUACUGAAACAAUGGGAAUAUUCUGUGCCUUUCAGAUGUGCUCGGAUUAUGCUGUGGUUUGGUUCACAUAGCACAUUAUGUGGUUUAUUUGUAACUUGAUAAACUUCAACUAAAGCAGUUUACCUGGGCAGACACACAAAAGCUUAUUCUGUGUGAUUAAUUACUUUUAAGCUGAUGUUAUGAAAAUAAAUACAUAUCUUAAAAAUCUGUAAUAAAAUAUUAGAAAUUAAA